CAACUUUUUUCAGUAUCCAAAAGUCAUUCCUUUUCUCACUCCUCCAACACACAUCAUCACUGUUUAUCUCAAUCGAAUCGAAUGGAACCGGAUGAAAGUGGACUGAACUCUUACUAUCACCAUCACCACCCACAACCUUCUCUCCACCACCCUUCCUCCGCUGCCGCAGCCGCCGCCUCCGGUCAUGUCAACUCUCCACCCAGAAAUGGAAUUCUCCUCAACGUCGACAGGUCCUCUCAUCAGCUGGUCUAUUCUCAGCCGUCUGUCCCCUCCACCGCCGUUUCUCCCCCGGUUGUUGAGCCUGUUCGAAGAAAAAGAGGACGACCCAGAAAGUAUGGAACGCCGGAGCAAGCCGCCGCUGCCAAACGCUUGUCUUCUUCCUUAUCUGGGACUAUGUCAAUUUCUUCUCCCAAGAAAAGAGAACAUUCCUUGGCUGCUGGUGCUUCAUCAUCAUCUUCCUACUCCAAGAAGACACAACAAUACCCUGGCAAUGCAGGCCAAGGUUUCACUCCACAUAUCAUAUCUGUAGCUGCAGGGGAAGAUAUCUACGAAAAGAUUAUGGUGUUUAUGCAACAAAGCAAACGAGUUAUGUGUAUACUUUCAGCCUCGGGUUCGGUUUCUAAUCCAUCUCUAAGACAGCCUGCUACUUCUGGAGGCAAUGUCACCUACGAGGGACAAUUUAACAUUUUAUCGAUGUCUGGUUCUUAUAUUCAUUCGGAGAUUGGAGGAAGAACUGGGGGACUUAGUGUUUCUCUAUCGAGUGCUGAUGGGCAGAUCAUUGGUGGUUGUAUCAAUGGGACCUUAAGGGCUGCAGGUCCAGUAAUGGUAUUUGUGGGGACGUUUCUAACCGACACCAAGAAAGACAUCGGCCAAAUUCAUCAUGCAAAAGGUCAUGAUCAUUCAUCUAGCCAGACCCCCUCUUCGAAUACUCCAUUUGGUGGACAUAUUUUCCUUGGUUCUGGUUUCGACUAAAUCUUCCAUUCCAAUCCUUGUCGCGUGCAGGCAGGACGGGUAUGUGAAGCCGAUUCAAUAUUAGGGUUUUGUUCGGCGCUUCUUCUUCGAUGAUUAUUGGAUAGGUUUGGACGAUUGUUUCUUUGUUGGGAAGGAAAUAGAAACAUUGGCAGAUGUAUAGGUGACACAAAUGGUUGAUUUUUUUUGUUUCAUGUAAUGUGACCAAUGAAAUGAUUAUAAUUAGUGAUCAUCAUCAUCUAACUGUAUUAUGUAUUAUUUAAUUUCCUGUAAUUUUCCUUUAUUGCAUCUUUAACAACUUUGCUCUAUCUUUUUCAUAUUUAUAAUUUGUGAAAUUGACUCUUCA